AGCGGGAUGGGACGGAUAUGGGUGAUCAGCAGCCCGUAGGACUCGGGCAAGUCUGUUUGUUGUCCGUCCGCACUCCCCGGCAUUUCUCCCCUUUUCUCUAGGCUAAUGGGCCGGCCUGAGAGGGGCGGGGCCGGCAGGUGCCUUCAUGAAUAACUUAAAUGACCCUCCCAACUGGAACAUCCUGCCAAAUCGGCGAGAGCCCGGGGAUGAAGGCAGCAGGUGGAACUAUGCCUUGCUGGUCCCCAUGCUGGGCUUGGCCGCCUUCCGUUGGAUCUGGACCAGAGAAUGUCAAAAAGAAAUAGAAAGAGAAAAAAAAGAAUAUUAUAAAAAACAUUCAUCUUUACAAAAAGACCUGGAAGCCAAAUACCGAGAUACAAUCACAGAAAAUCGUCGCAUGGUUGCUCACUUGGAGUUGGAGCUUGAAAAGGAACGCAACAGAACCCUGAGUUACCGUGAAGCCCUUGUCUCCCAGAGUCGCAAACUAGUAGAAGAAAGAAGGAUCCUCGAACAGGAGCAGGAGAAGUUAGAGCGAGAAAAGCAAGUCCUUUUGCACUCAGGAGCAGCAGGUAACUUGUACCAAAGUUGUCUGGCAAAGGAAGAAGAGUGGCAAAAGAGAGCCAAUAUUUUACUAAAGGAAUUCGAAGAGGGACUUAAAGAAAGACAGGACAUCUACUGCAGUCUUGUUGUACCCAGAAGCCAGAGACUAGAAAUAGAGAAAAAUCUGCUAGUUAAAGCAGCAACUGAUCCUGUUGCUAUGGCUCUACACAUGGAAAAUGGCUUAAAAGAUAUUUUCAAACAUGAUAACUACUGUGGCAAUAUGCUAAACAGAAACAAAAGUCAAAAUGGAAGACUUAUGUGGCUGUAUCUGAGAUAUUGGGAACUAGCUAUUGAACUACAGAAGUUCAAGAGGGCAGAAAAAGCCAUGUUAGGAAAACGAUAAGUAGGGGAACUAAUGGGAUUUCAUAUGAUCCACCAUGCAUAGUAGGGACAAUCACAGUUGUAGUCUGAAGCUGUUAAAUUCUCCUGCUGUGUUUCCGUUUUUCCUCCUCAUUGCACUUGUAUUUGCAUGGGACAUGUGCGGUGUUGGUGCCUUUCCUUUCACUGUCUAACAACAGAUGCUCCAGUGAGCUACGCAUGCUCUUAAACUCUGUGUGUUUGUAUUGCAGACUGCAGUGUAGUAUAGAGAUAUGCCAGCUUCCAUAGGUUUGAGAAGCAGCAAAACAGAACUCUGUUUAGAGUGAUUUAUCUGGCUGAUGGUCAUACUCCAUCAACAGAGAAGUGCGAUUUGUCUCUCUCAAGGAGGGUGGCGCACUGUGCUCCUUAUCCCUGGUGUUUUACAUGGUGUCUCAGUGUCUCAACACUAUCUUUUUUUUUCUUUUUUUUUUUUUCAAUGUUUGUUUAAGCAAGACUGAUUUUGAGGCAGAUGUUUGGAAGAGACUGUGUUUGAGCAAGGUGCUUGUCACAUAAAUGUAUAUAUGUACAUUUCUAUAAAUAUAUAUAGUGUGAAUGUGUAUGUGUAUAAAUGUAUGUAUUAGUAUUCUGAGUGGGGGAAUAGUAUGAUUGUAUUUGAAAUUAAUCAGUCUUGCAUUGUCUUCCAGCUUAAUACACAAAUAGUACUUUAUGAAGGAAACAUCCAAAAGAUGCUAAUUAAAAUAACACAUAGAGAAACAGAUUGAUGAAAGUCUUACUGGAGCUAGGAAUCCAUGUGUGAAUAUCAGAGAGUGUAUAAACUUGAAGUUAUGGUCUUGUCAUACGAGAGAUAUGUUAAAAAUACUUAGUUUUUUUCUCAGUCAAGGUUUUAGUUGUAAGCCAACAGUGUGCCUCCAUUAUAGACAUCACUGUGCUGCUGCCUCUGCAUCCCAGCGCACGGCCUGGUACCUGGUUAACUUGCAGGAACCUCCCAUGAGUGACAGCCAUUGCACCUGGCUCUGCUCCUGGGACAGGUCCAGUUUGUUAUUCACAGAUAGGAACCUCAACGCAGCCUGCACUGGUAGCCACCGCCUCCCUCCCUGACUCUCUCAGUACUGCUAGAACUGAAAUGUGCUUUUCCACGACUCUUAAAUUUUGAGCUUAUGGUUCACCACUUCAGGUACACAUGACCAUGAAAGCCUACAGAUACACAAGCCUUGCAAACAUUUAAGAAAGGGGGCUUUUUACUUUAGCUAGCCCAGUAAAAUAAACAGAACUAGAUAUUAAAAAAAAAUACCCCAGUGCAUUUCCAUGCUUGAGAUCCCUCAAAACUUUGAGUGUUCUUUGAGUCCGUGUACGUUCUUUUUCAAGUAUGCCAUGUAUUUUGGAGAAUAACUUUUUUCUUCCUCCUUUCUAAUCCAGCCUUAGACCUCAAAGGGGCAGUGUUUGCCCUUUUGUGUACCUCUCGUCUUCUCUGUUACUUGACUUUGAUUAGUGUUGGUAGGUUGUGAGUUCUUUAAUUAGCAAUUCUUUAUUUACUGAGGGCUAGACCUGACAAACACGUUUACUGUAGGCAAUCAGCUACUGCAUGACUUGGAAGCAAUCCAGCGAAGUGAGUGCCCAUCCAAGCUUACCAGAGAACUCCAGCAGAUGUGGGUUUGUCUCUUGUUAUUUCCUCCUGGUUUCGUUUCAGUGUAGACACAGAAGACAGCAGAUGAAUCUUUUGAAGUAGUGUGCGUGCGACCUAAUCCAGUUACUCACCAAAAAUAUCUAACAUGAAACAGAAUUUUUAAACAGAAUGUUUUCCCAGCUACUUAGUUUUCCAGUUGUGAUUUUGCUCACCUUGGUGGUGCUAAUUAUACUGUUGUAUUGAUCUACUAGUCUUUUAUGUACUGAUUUUUUUUUCUUAUUUUUUUAAAUAAAGUUGUAGUAAAAAGACAGACCUGGCGGGGGGGGGGAAGAUACCAUCACAAAUACCAGAAGGGCCAAAAUUUGUGUGGAUGCCAAGCGUAUGCGGGUUGGGAGAUGAGAACGCAAUUGAGUUACUAUUCGUCUGUGACAGCCUCAGCCAAGCUGCUGUAACUGGCCAUAUGCACAUGCCCUAAUUGCCCAGUAGAACAAAUUAGUUUGAACAGCUAAUUACCCUGUGUGUAAUUCCUCCAGGAUGUGGAAGGUGUCUGACCACAGAGCUGUGGUGCAUUUCAUAUGUACCUACAGGCAGUUAAGCAACUCGGCUGACAAACACUAGCCAGUGAAUCAGUGGCAGUGUAUUUAAGACUCAUGCCUUGACUUUGUACAUAUUCAUGAGUUCUUAGUAUUAAAAGAUCACAUAUUUUAUGCUUUUUUGGUUUUUUUCAUAGCUUGUUAUUGACAUCACUCAAAACACUUAAAGAAAAUGUAAUCAAGAGAGUAAAAUACUUUUUUCAGUAUAAAUAUGUAAGUUGAAGCAUCAUAUGCUCGAUUGUACGGGGUUGGAUGCAGUGUAAUAAAUGCUUGAUACUUGCUUUCACUUCUUUAGAAGUGACAAUUAUUUAUACAACUAAUUGUUGAACUAUUGUUCAUGGUCACUUUGCAGAUCAGUAUAUUAAGACUGAAGAGUUAUUUGAGGAGGAUUUUUACAAGGGUGUAACUGGGUUAGAAGCACCGUUCCUGUUAGUUUCUACCAAAACUCAUGUUUGUUGGUGUGUUAUGUAUUUUUGAAACCCCAUUGUAGGUUGUUAUGUUUAAAGUUCUGUUGUGAGCUUUAACUCACCCAACAGCUAUUGUUGUGGAUUAGUUAUUUGUUUGGAAAUGCCCAUAUGUAUGUAGAAUGCCAGAAUAAUUUGUUUUCAAAAUAUUUGAUGAACUUUCUUUGGUUAUGAAAAUGGUCACUCACCUGUUAAACAAAUAAUAGCCAUUAAUAAAAACCCUUACGUAUUUCUUCA